AUGAUGGAAGAAAGGAUUAAAGACUUUAAAUUAAUUUCUGAAAACUAGGGCUCAAGCUAUAAAAUGUCAAUAAAAAAUAUGUAAAUCUAGGACUAAGCUAGAAAUAUUUAAAUUCCAAUAAUUCUAAAUUAUAUUCUCAAAAAGAUUAAAUUCUGGUAAUCCUUAAAGAACGAGGAUGCUGAUAUCAAUUAUUUAUCAGCACAGAUAAAAUCAAUUGGUUUACACACUUUAGAAGUUUAGAAUCAAUUCUAAAUUUAAAAAUUAUAAUAUGACAAACAGAUUUACAACCAAAGCCCUAUACUUUUAAAGAUUGAGUCAAUUUUCAAGGCAAUUGUAGAAAAUGAUUUACUGACUUCAGUGGAAUUAUAAAAAAAUGUUAAUGAUAUGUUAAGCAAGCAAUAGUAUUAAAUUCAAGAAAUAGCAAAUUAUUUAGACUUAAUGAAAGGGUCUCUUAUUUUGGUAUAAGUUAGUCUAGUUAAAAAUCCAGGAUCUAUUUUGAAUAAAAACAAGUCUUAAAUACUAAACUUAUUUUAGUUUAGCUAGAAUGAUCACAAAACUUUGACUAGUAUAAACUAGCUAAUGCCUAGCUUGUUUGCAAAUAUUCAUAAUGAUUUAAUGAAAACAUCUGUAAUUAAAGGGUUUUCAAGAUUAUAUAGUUCGUAUAAUCAGAUAUUUGCUCAAAAUAAAUAUGGUUUUUUGAUUCCAGUAAAAUUGAAAGUAGAUCAUUUAUACGAUUAAAAAGACGACUUUGUAUUAAACGGAAGCAUUUUUCACUGUCCAACAUCUAAUUAGUAUAUUAUUCUCAAUUAAUAUGGAUUCAUCGAAGGAAUUACAGAAUAUUUAUAUUAAAUUCUAUUUUAGGAUAAUUUUUAAUUGUCAAAGGUGAUUGGGAAAUUUAAUAUUCUGUUUUUGAUUCAAAAUUUUUUCAAUUUGAUCAAAGAGUGCAAUCAAAAUGAUAAAGAUCUUAUUUCAACAGUGCAAUCUAGGGCAAGUUUAAAUAUAGAAUAAUAGAACUAUGUUAACUAUGAUAGCGAAUAUUAGCUUAAUUAGUAAAUCGCAUCUUUGCGUAUUCCUAGGUAAAUAGAGAACUAGAUAAGAUAGUUUAAUGAAUUGCAUGAAUAGUAAAUCAUAAAAGAAUAGCAGUCUCAAAGCACUUAAAAAAAGGAGUAAAAAAAGCAGUCUGAGAGCUAAAAAGUAAACAAAUUAUUCAAAAAGUUUUUGGCCUAAAAUCAACAAAUCAAUAAUUAGACUAUAGAGUAAAAAGACUUCAACAUAAAUUUUGAUCUUCAACAUAAAAUUUUAAAGAUUUAUGAUGAAAAAACAUAAUAAUUUUAAAAACAUAAAAGCUAUUAUAUAAUGUAAAUAACAUAAAUAUUAUCUUAUUAAAAAGAUAGUUUACAAAAAGAUUUUGACAAAACCAAUUAUAGUCCAACAUAAUAUAAAUAAUUUAGUAUGUAAUCGAAUGAUUAGAGUAUUGAAAAAUCCCUAUCUGGUUAAAAUUAUAGUAAUUAGAGUCCUUCUAUUUCUUAUAAAAAAUAAAUUUUUAAAUAAAACAAAAUACAAGAAUUUGGUGAAAAAAGUUUGAAAAAAAUAGAUUUUUUUGAUAACGUGUAAAAUUCUAAGUAAUUUGAUGGCUCAAACUUAAUCAGUAAUAGUAUUUUCGCUAAAUUAGAUGAUUUAAAGAAAUUAGAAAUAAAUAAUAAUUUAAAUUUCGAUAGUAAAAUUAAUUCCUAAUUUAUUUAUAACUAUCCCGAAUACUAGAUUUCUCCAAAUAAUUAUACAAUGAGCUUUAGUCCUUAAGCAUUUAAUCCCUCACACUAAAUCAUUAGUUCAAGACAAAUCAUUUAGACUGAACUAACUUAAAGAGAUUAAAUUAUAAAAAGUAGAGAUACACAACAAAUGGAUUAUCAAGAUUAAUAAUAAAAGUAAGAGCAUACAAAAGAUACCAAACUAAAUUUGUAAUCCAGUGAUGUAUUUUAUCUUAAUUAAUAUAAAAGUAGCACAAAAAUAGAAAAAAAUUAAUCUGAUAUAUAGGGUACUGUAUUUGCCGAUAAAAAAUAAAAUAAUAAUAAAUUAGAAAAUGAAUUCCAUCAGUAAACUUCUUUGAGCUCCAGUUUUGUCCACAAAAACAAAUAUCAAAACCAAGAUAUUAGGAAAAUAAUUUAAAUUAAAAAUAUCCCCAUAUUGAAACUCCCAUUUUUGAUAAUAAAUUUAAGAUUAUUGAUGUUUUUGUCCUUUAUGGUAGCUGCUUCCUUGGUAACAUCUUUGAAAAUUAAUUAAAUAUACGGCUAAAUAGGUAACUCAACUUAGAUAGGAGAGUUUAUAAAAUUCUAUUCAGAAUCAUAUUUGAUGAACCAAAAGAGUUACUUGAUAAAUUAAAAUUUGCUUGAUUCCUAAAUAAUACAAGAAUUUUCAGAUUAAAUACAAAAUAAUUUGAGUCAAAUUGAAGAUGAAUAUGACCAAGUUUUCUAUGAUAAAGUAAAAAUUAUAAAUACUCUUUAAGAGUAAGAUAAGUUAUAUAACAUUACUAUAUUUGCAUAAAAGUAGCAAUACUUAUCGUAAGUUACUGCCUUUGAGUUCUUUUUGAAUGCCGUAAACUCGAUAUGGGUUUUAGGGAAGGGAGAUAUUAUAUAAUUUAUUAAUAACCUUUACUUUUUAGUUGAAAAUUAUUUAAACUACUGCCAAAUGAUCGACGAUUUUAAUGGAAAAUUAUUUAGCUAGUUGUUAAAUCUGAAAGAUAACUUAAAAAUAAUUUAUAUAGCUUUGAUCAUAACGCUUUUCAUAAUUAUUGCGCUCUUAUUUUUUAUAGGAGCUUACUGCAUUUAUCGGCUCAUAUAAUACAAACAAAAAAUAAUUCUGCUUGUUACAAGAUUAUCUAUGAAAGAUGUAGAUAAAGAAAUAUUAACAAUGAGUAAUUUUCUAAAUUAUUUACAAGACUAAAACUUUUCUUGGCAAGACUUCAAUUUUCCUGAGUAUAUUAUUUCUCAUAGCGAUGCUAGCCAAAGAGAGGAAAAUAAUACUAAGGGAAGUUAUAUAAAAAAGCAUUUAAUCCAUAGUAAAUAAUAGGUACUAAGUGACACUGCUGUGAGUGGAGCAGAUUCAAAACAUAAAAAGAGACUUACUACUUAGAGCACUGAAAAGAAAAUUAACAAGAUUAAAAAUAUAAAAGAGUAAGAAAAUUCAAAGAUAAGCAGCUAAUCCCUUAUUUCUUCUAAAGUUUAAGGUUAAAGCUUAAUCUAAUGGAAGUAUAAUCUGCUUUUUAUGACAAGUUUAAUAGUGUGUGGUAUUUUCUAUCUCUUAGUCCUGGGAAUAUCAUAUGUAAUUACUCAAGGUUUAGAUCCUAGUUUUAAUUUAUUAUAGUAAACAUCUGAAUUUUAUACUAAAAUAAACAAAGCUUUAUUAUUGAGCUAAAAUAUAAUAGGUUUGCCUUUAAUUUCUAAUGUAGAUACUAACUACCCAAAUUCAAAUUUUUAGCAAUAAAUGAAUAAUCUAAUUAAUUCCAUUUACGAUAUUUAGCUUUUUAAUAAUAAUUACUUAGGAGUCUUAUCAAAGGUUACUGCAAGUAGCUAAGAAGAUAUAAAAAUUAUUGAAAAUUUAUUCACGCAAGAUAUUUGUAAUUAUUUUUAAGAUAGCGAUCUAUGCUUAAACCCUUAAAGUUAAAGUUAAAUUGAUUUAAGAAAUAUUAUUAAAAAUGGCGUUUCUGGGCUUAUAACUUCUUAUAUAACACAUUUCGACAAUAUCAUUUAGAUAAUAAAUUAUUAUUCUCUAACAAAAUCAUAAAAAGAAAUAUCUUAAUAUCUAAACAACGAAAGUUAUUUCUAUUUCAUUAUAAAUUCAUAUGAUAUACCUUUCUAAUCAAUAAAUCUAAUCUUUGAAAAAGUAGUUUAUAUAAACUAAACAACUGUUUCAUAACUAUUGAAUUUAACUCUAAUUUAUUUUGUAACUUUUGGUGCUAUUUUAAUUGCUAUAUAAAUGAUAGUAGACAUACUAAUUAAAAGUUAAAUAAAAAAUAAUGUUUUAUUGUAUCACUUAUCUCUCUCUCUGAUACCUAUUCAAAUAUAAGCUUUAGAUACAACAUCUUAAAUUCUAAAAUCAAUUUAUAAAUUUUGA